AUGGCAAAUUAGUACAAUGUUCAGAUACUGCUCCAGAAGAAAUACUCCAAUUGUCAAUCCUAUUAUUACUCUAGGACUCUGAAUGAUUUUGUAAAUUCAGCCAGAACAAAAGAGGUGAUAGAGUUUUACUAGGCUCUAGCGUAUAAUGAGAAUCAGGAAUAUCUGAGACGGUUCUAUUUUGCCAGUAUAAAUUAAACAAAAAUUGUUAGAUGAAUUGAGGGAUAAACUUCAGUUAUUUACUGAGUACUACAAAUAUCACAAUGAGAUUCCAAGAUUCUUUAUGCAUAAAAUAAGCAAUAUUAUGAGCAAGUAUCUCAGGAUUAUACAUAAGUUAGUUAUCAUGACAAGAAAAGACGAGUCGAAUAUUAUCGCAUAAAACGAAUUAUUGAAGAGGAAAAUCGCAAAAAUCCUAACAAACCCAAAAAAGCAAUUGCUGGCGAUUAACCAGAAGAACUCAAACCUACUUCUCCUAAAGUUCAAGAACAAGUCUAUAGCAAACUACUCCAAGAUCUCGUUGAUAAAUCUACAACAAUAGAGGCAAUUAAUAACAAAUUAGAAGGGCUUUAGAUUAACACCGGAGAAUUAAUAUUUCUACCUUCUAAUAGGGAAGAAGAAUAAUUACAGAAAUUUAUUCACUUCUUAGCAGAAAAGCAAAAACCUAAAGUAUAAUCCCACAUUCAAUUGCAUUCACCAAAAACAUUUAACAGAAUUCCAUUUGGAGUGAGUCAAUAGACUAUCAAGUAGAUUAUAUCAAGAACUUCAAAAAACAAACAAACAUUUCAUCUAUCUCCUAAAAUGUUUAAAGAUGAACAGUUGCUCACUCAAAAUGGUCCAUCCACCCAUAGAGUAAUCAAGGAUCCUCUAUCUAAAAUGCUCAGUCCUGCUCACAUCUACACUAUGAAUUCACCACAUGCAGCAGAACUUCAAUCAAAACUCAAGUAUCAUCAUUCCCUCUAUGUAGUAUUCAAACUCAUCGAUCACAAUAAGCGAGUGUUUCUCUUUCCAAAUAAUUUAAAAUUACAGAAAGCAUUCCCUAAUCCAGAAAGGCUCAUCAACACACAAGAUCAGGAUAUAGAUUUUUUAAGAAAUGA